UAUAGGAUGACAUAGGUAAGUGACCUAUGAUGACAUAAAAUGAAAGUAGAUAAAGUGGGACUUUCCAGACCUGAAAAUACCCACAGUAAAACCUAGCAAUGGAUUCCCCCAAUAUAACACCUGGAAUUGAAACAGGUAUACGACAUAUGUCUGAGUCCGUGUUUGUGGGACUGUGUCAUAUAUUGGGGACCUCACAACAGGUGGCAAUGAGGAGAGACGUGACAGACAUUGAAGAGAUGUUGAUACAUAGAACAACAAGUAACCAGAAGAUGAUGAUGAUGAGUGGGAGUCGCAGAGAAGGAUUCAGAAUGGAGGGAUCUGAUGUGGAUUUUAUGUAUUGGUUUAACAACCAUCCAGUGAUCUGGGACUUAUCUCAAACCCAGUUUUACAAUAUACACAGACAACCCCUGAUUAUCUCCAUCUCUUCUGAAAGUUCACCCGGAUUUACUUUACUUCAAUUACUGACACCAAGAGCAAGCAACAGAGUUAUCUUAGCAUUAGUCAAAAUGAAUGGUGAACUAUAUAUAUCUAGUUCAAAAUACAGAGAGAUCACAUGUUCUGAGGUAUUCCCUAACUCUAUAGUACAUGGUCCAUGUGGCAGUGGAGCUGUAGGGGCAGUAGAAUAUGACACUGCCCACUGUUUUGCUUGUGACUUUUGGCCUCCGUCUGCCUCCUCCUGGAUAGGCAGAUGUCCCACAUGGCCCCAGCCACAGGUUGUUAGGGACAUAGUCAGAAGUGGAUGUCACUUUGUAGCAAUAGGACACAAAUUAGGAAAUCAUGAAAGCAAUGAAUGGAGAAUUUCAUUUUCUCUAGCAGAACAAAAACUUGUGUACUCAAUGAACCACUGUCAAUUCUUAACGUACGGUUUGCUGAAAUUGUUCUUAAAAGACGUCAUUAACAAUGGAUUAUGUGAUGAUGAGAAAUUACUGUGCUCCUAUCACAUGAAGACAGCAGUUUUCUGGAUGAUCCAACAAAACACAAUACCGAACUGGUGUCCACAGAAUCUCCUGAAAUGUUUCUGGUACUGCUUUAAACUCAUCCUUAAAUGGGUGUAUGAGGGAGUCUGUCCUAACUUUUUCAUUCCAGAAAACAACAUGUUUCUCACUAAUAUUCAUGGUGAAGCACAAAACAGAUUAUUUGUUAGACUGUUUGGUUUUUAUGAAAAAGGUUUAGCAUCCCUGCUACACAGCCCCUCUCUCAGGUCGUAUAUUACAAAUGUCCUUUAUAACCCCAGACUCAGUAUUUGCACUGAUGAACACACUCUGGUAUCUGAGAUCAAGUUUGAUAAAGAAAUGUUCAGUGAGAUAGAUCAAAGAAAUGCAUUACCCUCAUCAGACCUCUACCUCAUCAUGAAGUACCUAAACACAGUAGAACAGAUGACAGUCUCACCCCUGACACAGUAUCAAGUUGUCAUGUUACAGGUACUUACAGCCACCCUUCAUCACAGAACUGCUUUUACAUUACAAAACAUGUACAGCAAUACCACUGAAAACAAGCUGAUGUACAUUGCUGACAGAAUGUCCUGUCAUAUAUUGAAACUCACAGCCAAGUUUGGGUGUAUUUCUGACAGGUUGUACAUUGCAAUGUAUUAUUACAAGACACUCAGUUACACAGAAGCUUUGUCUGUGAUAGAGAUGACAAAGGUCAACUUAGCACAGCCAUAUGUGAUGUAUAACAGGACAGUAGACACAGAGAGGUAUACCGAGGCUGUAGGGGGACAGUCCUGGUCUACAAAGUUAAGACAUUCUGUAGCAUGGGAUAUCAUAUUAGACAACAGAAUCAUUUAUAUCAAGGAAUUAAUGACAGAACAGCUGGUUUCUUUACAGAAUAAUUUCCAAUUUUUGAUUAUCCCACCCUUAGUUGUGUUACACAUGCUGGAGUUCCUGUGUUACAGAUAUAUUGACACAAUGAGAGCACAAACAGCUCUUAAUGAUCUACAGGUCCUAGUUCACCAUGAUCAGGGGAUGUAUGUAGGUGUGGAAUUAAGAGACAUAUCAUGGCAGAUCCUGGGUAUCUGUCAACAGAUGUCAGGGAACCUCCAGGCUGCUCUAUAUUCCUACCAACAAUCACUCAGACAAUAUCCAUGGCAUAAAAUACAAAGUGCUACACUAAUGAGAAUAUCGGAUAUAUAUAGUAUUGUACAAUAAUUAAUGUGGCUUCAACUAAUGAAUUAUUGUCAAUGACACUUCAUCAGUCAACUAAGUCAAAUGAUAUAAGCUGCUUAAUAUGGAUUAGAUAAGUUGUCAGCUUAUUUCAUCUAUACCUAAUCAGUUCAUCGGUACAAAUAAGACUUCGAAUGUCAAUCUGGACUUUUACACCUAAAACCUAAA